AUGGCCGCGGCAGAUUUUUCGAACCCCAAAUCCCUGGAUGUGUUAACAUCCACGGUGAACCAGACGCUCAUUGACACGGCCCGGUUCUUCAACUCGCACGAGAAGAUGCAGUACAGGGCACAGCUCAAACGCUCAAUCCCCGUCGCUCACGAGCAGUUUCAGACCGCUCUGGACAGCCUCUCGGAGCAGAUUUUUAUCGCCAAGGCGUUCUUGGAGCGAGACUAUGAGGCAAUCAAAGCGCGAAAAGCUGCACUUCAUACUGCCCAGGACUCCGCGAUGGAGGAUGCGGUUGUGAAGCCAGAGCCAGAAACAGCCCCCCAGCCUCAGGAAAUCCCAGUCGUAGCCGCGAAUGCAGACACAAUAAAGGCCGAGCCCACAGAAGUCGAACCUGUGUUGAAGCCGCAGGAUGAGCCGGAUGUCGUAAAACAAGGCUCAGCUGAACCUGUCAAGGAAGACCAAACCGACAAUGGAGCUACUCCUGCCGUCUCCGGACAACCUUUCACCGGCCCGGACGAACUCAACUUCGACUCAAUGCUCAACAAUAAUCCCGGGCCCAACGAUUUCGACCUGAAUCUUGACUUUGGCGAUGACGCAGUUGGUAAUGAUGAUUUUCUCGCUGGCUCCCACCUGGUUCCUGCCGGUUCGGGCAAUGAAGGCAACGAUACGUCUGGCACCACCGCUGCUGGCCUAGUGGGCGCUGAUAGCAUGAAUACUGCUGUGCCUACGGGCGGAGAUGCGUUUGACUUGGAAUUGCAGAAAGCUGAGGCGUUCUCUACCCAAGUUGGCAGUCUGACGGGACAACAGUUGGACGGCCAAGGAGGGGGAAACCUCGAAGAUGUUAUGGCACCGGGAGAGUCCAGCUUCGAUGAUUUAUUCAUGGAGAAUGAUACCUUCGGAGGGGACGGGACCGGGGACCCGAAUUUACUGGAAGGCGACGGAUUGGUGGAUAUCAACGAACUUGACGAUAGCUGGUUUACAUGA